AUAUAAUUGUAGUGUAAUCCUCUUAAGUAUAAAUGUUGCUUUGUAGAGCUGUAGUUAGUUACUCUUCAUUUGGUCAUACCCAAAAGAUAAUUUGGAAAAUAGUACUAGAGAUUUACCAUUCCUUUUCAGUGUGGUAUGUAGGAGUGUGAACUCAAGCUCUUGAUCCUAUGACUUUGCUACAAAGUUCUUUAAAAUUCAACAGAAAUAAAUCAAACCAUGAAAUUUAUUUUCAUUUUUAAAGUAUUUGAAUGCCUUAUGAUUUUUUUUUCAAAUCUGUUCUGGAUAUGUUAGUUCUUAAGAAGAAGAAACUGAGUUUGUGUUUUCCUAGGUUCCAGGUUUACCACACCCUCUUAUUCCUAAUUGGUUGACUAGAGCCAACCUGUUACUGACUAUAUAUAAACAUCUACAUUUCAGACUAAAUAUAGUAUUGAAUACUUUAGAGUGGAGGAUAUCUUUUUUCAAGCCAAAAAUACCGUGUGUUUAUAUAUCAUAACUGAAAAUUUUAGUCUAAUACUGUUGUAAAAUCAACUUCAGCUAAAUUUUUCGCACAAAUAAGAUAUACAGGCCCAAAGUAUUGAGUGUUGAAUUCAUGUUAUGCUUGGGAGGGUGUGGCACUUGAAAAAAAUGGUCAAAAUAAGACACUGACCGCAGUCACUCACUUCUCUUUUCCUAUUCCCAAAUGAUUCCUUUUUUUCACGAAAAAUAUACUUUUCCAUGAAAGUAAUAUAUUAGAAAGUACUAUGAUGUUUUUAGAUGACAUUUUUAUCCCAAAUAAAGCAGUUUUAUAUUGUUUUAUUAAGACAUUGUUCUUUAAUUUUUUAAAAAAUUUUGUCCUGCAUACCAUAUAUAUGACAUGACCAUUUUUGUUAGAAUAGUCAGUGACUUUAAAAACAGAAUACUUAGAGCUACCCUCAAAGUUGGGGGAAGGAUAUGUACCAAUUCAAACAGAGAGGACACCUCAUUUCAUUCCCAAAUUGUGCAGAGAAGGGAAUCAGGAUACUUACCAAGUUCUGAAUCAAAUCUUCACAGCAUGGCCUCAAAUUGUAAGGAUAUAUAGCAUGUCCUAGAUUGAUGAAGACACUGUUUGAAGAGAUCAAAGCAUCAAUUAAAAAUAACUAUAAUCAAGAUCGCUCAUUUUGGAGGCCUGUUCUUCCUUGGGGAGGUGUUUUUACUAUCAAAGCUGGCCGCAAAGCAGUAUCCUGUACACCACUCUAUGUUGAAAUAAGACUGAAAAAUACCUGCACCAUAGAUGGAUUCUUGAUGUUAUUAUAUGUCAUUCUUCAUGAAAAUGAAAAUUUUCCCAGGGAACUCUCUCUUCAUUUAGGUAGAGAGUUUGUAGACUGUUUUCUUUAUUUAAUGGACACCUACAGUUUUACAACUGUGAAGCUACUUUGGAUUUGGGACAAGAUGGAAAAACAGCAAUAUAAAUCUGAAGUUCAUAAAGCUUCAUUAAUAAUUGAUUUGUUUGGAAAUGAACAUGAUAAUUUUACAAAAAAUCUCGAAAAUCUCAUGUCUACCAUACAAGAGAGUUACUGUUCCAAUUGGCGAUGCCCAAUUCGAGUGCAGGAAGAUCAGCAGCGUACAAUUAAUAUAAAUCCUCCCCAAGAAAUUCCACAUGGAAACUUGAUACGACUGGCUGUGGAUGAGUUAUUCUGUUCUAGGAUUGAACUGUGUGAAGAGCAGGGGUGUGGUGGCUUAAGAGAAUUCUCCCAACGAGUUUUCUGCCAUGGGGCACCUCCUUUUGUUGUCUUAAAUAUGCAGCAUUGGAAAUCUGAAGAUCUGGCAUAUGUACCCUAUUAUUUGGAUUUAUCUGAUCACAAGUAUUUGUUGGAAGGUGCCACAUUAUUUAACAAAGAGGAACAUCAUUAUUCUGCAGCUUUCCAAAUUGAUGGACAUUGGAUGCAUUAUGAUGGCCUCAGAAAUGUGAAUUUAAUUUUGUUAAAUAAACCCCCAGAGUUUCUCCUCUUGUCAUCAUUGGUUUAUAUUCGAGCAGCAGAGAAAUAAAUAUAGACUGAUGCUAAAUUUAAUUGUUUUCCCUCAUGCCCAUUGCUCCCUAAGAUGAAGGGCUUUUAUUUUGUAUGUACUUGGUAUCCAAGAAAAAUAGUUCAACUAUAUUAGUUUCAGAGGUGUAUUUUCCAGUGUAUAGUCCCAGGUAAAUAUUUUAUAUGAAGAAUCUAUGCAAAAAUGUUUGUAUUUCUUUUUUCUAUAUCAUGGGUUAUUUUUAUACAAGCAUAUUUUAUGUUGAGAGAAAAUAUAUCUUUGUAUUUUUUAUUUAUAUUUACCUCAAAGGUUUUUUUACAAUUCUGUCUGUGAAUCUAAGAAAAUAUUUGUCAUUGAAUUAUCAAAGUUUUUGUUUAUAUUCAACUAAAACCUGGGUACACGUCACUGUUUAAGUUUUUAUAAAUUUCACAGUUCAAGAUACAUCUGACUUUAUUUCUUUGCCCUACCUCAUUAUAAGCCAAAGUGCACUAUAGGAUUAGUAUGUAUUUGAAUGUACAAGUUAUAGAUGGCUUAGUCUAUUAUACCUGUUGUUUUGCCUAAUUUUUAAAAUUUUUGGUGAGAAUGAUUUUUCUGGAAUAAUUUCCUUACAAUGGCAAAUUCCUUUAACCACUUGCUAAAGUAUUAUAAAUCUGCCAGUGGAUUUUAAAUGUUAACUAAGUUCCUGAGAGUAAUUGGAGUUACUUUUCAAAAUAAAUUAUAUAACUAAUCUAAACAUUUAUUUCAUAAUUAAAUGUAAUGGAAAUUCUCCAGUAGAAAUGUAUUUUGCAGAUAAGACAACCAUAAAAAAAAUUAGGCAACUGGAUGUUUACUAAUGUUGGAUUGAUAGUAGAAAUGUACUUUAAAUAUAUACUUAGGAAAAAAAAAUGGGUGCUUGGGAAUAUUUCUUUUUCUAGUAAGUCAUAUUGGCACAGGAAAAAAAAACAAAUUUUUGUAGUAAUAUCCACUAGCUCCCUUAUAAAUAGUAAAUUGGGAAGAUCAGGCUUUGAUUUGCAAUAGAAAUAACUAGAAUUGUAUAGAUAACAGAAUAUUGUCUUUCUCUUCAAAGACCCUAAGAUCUCUCCUUCUUUUGUGAUGUAAAGGAAAAAAAUAAGUAAUUUUCUUAAGAAAAAUUACUUUUUGAAAUUAAUAAUUUUUUUGUGUUUACAUUUCAUUUCUACCUUAGGCUUUGAGUUGAGAUUGAGCGCAACAUAUUGGAGAUUUCUAUAUGAUAACCCAGGUCACUGCCAUAUACCAAAUUGCUAAGUUUUAAUUUUGUAAAUUAAGUCUUAAAUUGGCAUAGUGCCAUGUAGAGAAUUUGCCGAAGAAUGGAUAAAUGUGAGUGAAACUUUGCUGAGAAUGCCUCAUUUUGAGCAAAUACUAUGAAAAUUCCUUUUUUACAUAAGAUUAAAAAUACUGAUUUAUUUUACAAAAAAACUUCACCGCAGAGUUUGUUUAAAUAGUUCCCCAUGUGUAUUUAAAUAGAAUUUGAUUUGCAGUAAACUUUUCUGGAGACAGCUUAUUGCAUGAAUCAAAGUAUACUGAAACACAAAUUCUAACAUAUUCAUAAAUGAAAUCAUUAACAAAAUUAUUCCUACUGUAGAUUUAUUUUUUUAGGAAUUGCACUUUAUUUGGAAUGAUGUUAGUUUAUCACAAAACAGUGACUUACCUACCUCACAGGGUUGUUGUGAGGAAUUAGACAUUUGUUAAAAACUUGACUACCUUGAACAUGCUAAUAAACAUAUUUUUUCUACCUCUUUCAUGUA